AUGUCAUCUCUCCAGUACUUCAACGAAAAAGGUGCUGGCCAAAAGUUCAGCGAUGAGUGUCACUACUCCCAGGCUGUUGUGGUCGGAGAUGUUGUCAAAUGCUCAGGACAAGGUGGUUGGGACGAGGAAGGGAGUCUGGACGGCGACGAUUGGCAAGGACAGAUCGACUAUGCUUUUGCCAACGUCGAUCGCGUUCUCCAAGCAGCCGGACUUCGUGGCUGGGAAGACGUCUACCUCAUUCGAAGCUACAUGACGGACAUUACCAUGCACUUCGACUACUUCGUGCAGAAGCUCAAGACUCGCAUCCCUGGACACCGUCCCAUCUGGACUGCUCUGGGUGUUCCAAAGCUUGCAUUCCCUACCAUGUUGGUCGAGAUCGAGGUUGAAGCAUACCGAGGCAAGCAGUGA